CCUCACCUCGUCCCCGCCUGAUCAAGGAAAGCUACAAAAACGUACAGACAGGUAUGGCCGUCGCAACCCUUCUUCUCAUUUAACACAUAUAGACCGAGAUGGCCCGCCAGCUACAACUAUGUUUGUUUCUCUCUUUCCCACGGAGAAAAAGAUAGCUUGCAUGCAUGCACGUCCCAGAACCCUUUUUCCAAUUCCGAAGAAGCACACAGGCCGUCCACCCUUAUCCCUCUCACUUGUCCUGUCACAGCGGCGUAGAAACAUCCCUCCCCAGCCCAAACAACCGGGAAAGGUCGUUUCCUUUUCCCGGGCCUCUCCUCUCUGCCGUCGUCUCCCAAGCAUGUCUUCCAACACUCCACAGCAGGGCUCGGUCAGCACCAACUCUUCGGCUACAAAAACAGUAACCUCUAGUGAAGCCCGCGGCCAGAGAGACGCGCGCAUUCAAACAUUCCUCUCGGACCAGUCCCUUCGUCUUGUUCACGGGACCGUCACAACUCAACAGCGUUCGUCGUCGCUAGCGGCUGCUGCCGUUGCCGACAUCGAUCACCUCGGGCUAGGCUCCAGUGGCGCCGGCGCCGGCGGUGCUGUCGGGCAGCCCGUCGACGCCGUGCCUUUAGCCUUGCGCGGAACCGGAUCACAGUUCGGGAAUUAAGAUACCUAGCGACACUGUCAAAACGUAUCAAAAAGUCGGAUAUGAUGAGAGCGCCACUGCCGUGGGUGGAGUGUUUCCAAAAAAGGAAUAGCGUCUGCAAGGGUUCCAGACAGACACGCCCCCCAUGGCACCUGCCGUU